AUGAAAAAAGAAAAAAAAAAAUUUACAAAAUAUGAAAGCAUAUCAAUUUCAAAAAAAAAAAAUAAAAAGGUUAAACUUCAUCUUUUUUAUCUUUCAGUAAUUUUCUUUUUUUUUAUUUUAGUAAUUGGUUUGUACAUUUAUUUAAUGCCAGGCUUAAAUGUAGAAAGUAAAAAUAGAUUAAAAAUUUUAAUUCCUAAAAGCUUUAAAGAUUUAAAAUAUUUAAGCAAUAAAGAGAAGGUAAAGAUAUUAUAUGAUUCUUUAAUUUUAUAUAAGAAUGAGCAUGGUUUUGUUUUAUUAAUAUUGUUGUCAUUAUUUUAUAUUUUUUAUCAAUCAUUUCCAUUAUUUUUAUGGUGGAUAACUGGAACAGCUAGUAUUAUAACCAUAUUAAUUGGAGCUUUUUACAAUUAUUUAUUUUCUAUUUUUUAUUGUUCUAUUUUAUCGACAAUUUCACCUUUAAUUGCUUAUGUAAUUUUUAAGUAUUACGGGAAGACAGUUAUAGAACAUUUCUUUAAGAAAUCCCUUAUAAAGUUUAAUGUACAAAUCAAAAAAAGAGUAAAAAAUAAAUUCGAUUUAUUUUUUUAUAUAGCAAUAUUAAGAUUAACUCCAAUAUUUCCAAAUGCUUUAAUUAACAUACUUGGGGCAUCUUUAUCACUUCCUCUCCUUCCUUUUCUUUUAGCUACUUAUUUUGGCCUUUUACCUAAUACUGUGAUAUUAGUUUCUGUAGGACAAGCUAUAAAUAGGUUGUCAUCAGUAGAUAUGAAACAGCAAUUUUAUGUGCCAUUAAUAUUUAUAAUAUUGUUAUUAUUUUUUCAAAAAUUAAUAAGAAAUAAAUAUAAAGAGAUAAGUCUUUAA